AUGGGUCAGGAAGAGUCCUCCAUGGGCUACAGCGGCCCGCCCGUAACGCUCUCUGAGCGGAGCUUGGCCGCUGUCGCAGCGAGCAUCAAGUCGGGUCGCAGCAAGAAUAUUGUGGUUUUGACGGGCGCCGGUAUCUCGACUGCUGCUGGUAGUCUUUAUGCCAACCUUGCUCGUCUCAAUCUACCCUACGCCGAAGCCGUCUUCGAUAUCUCCUACUUUCGCGAGCACCCCGAGCCUUUCUACGUACUAGCAAACGAAUUAUAUCCUGGGAAAUUCCAUCCGACCGUAUCGCAUGCCUUCAUCGCUCUUCUCGCCCGCAAGAACCUCCUCCAGAUGCUCUUUACCCAGAAUAUCGAUUGUCUUGAGCGCGUAGCUGGAGUUCCUUCAGACAGAAUUAUUGAGGCCCAUGGAAGUUUCGCAAAGCAGCGCUGCAUUGAGUGCAAGGAAGAGUACCCGGGUGACAAGAUGAAGGAGCACGUCUUUGGAGGUAAGGUUCCUCAUUGCGACAAGGAAGGUUGCAAGGGACUUGUCAAGCCUGAUAUUGUCUUUUUUGGUGAACCUCUACCCAAGGCUUUCGACAACAAUACUUUCCAAGUCGCAAUGGCGGACCUGGUCUUGGUUGUUGGUACGAGUUUGAGUGUCUACCCAUUUGCCGCCCUUCCAGGUUUGGCGCAAGAGGGAAAGCCUCGUGUGCUCUUCAACAUGGAGCAGGUCGGUCAGCUUGGCAGUCGAUCUGACGAUGUUAUCGAACUGGGUGACUGCGACGCAGGUAUUCGCAAGUUCGCUGAUGAGCUUGGCUGGCGCGACGAGCUCGAGGCACUGUGGAGAGAGAUCGUAGGUGAUGCUGAGGCUGACAGACAGAACAGCGGUAGAGAGAAGGAGGCGGUGCAAGAUGAAGUUGAGCGCCUAGCAGCCGAGGUCGGAGCUGUUGUCAUCGACGAUGGCGAGGGUAAGGCUGAUGCCAAGCUCGAAGAUACGAAGAAGGAUGUGCUUUCGUAUAAUGCGCCUGCCAAGCUUGACGAAGAGAAACCCAAGACUGGACAUAACAUUUCAGAGCCCGCAGCUGACACUUCGUCUACAACGGCUACAGAGGACAAGACCAAGGAGUCACCAAAGACGGAGCAACUCAAGCCAGAGAAUCUCGAGAAAAUCGAGGCUGAGGCAACCAAAACAGAGUCAUUGGUCACAGAGCCCCCCAGAUCGCCCCCGUCAGAAGAACAAACAUCACAAACAGAGACGCAGACAGAGACUUCCAAGGAUGAGCCUACUGCUGAACCCACAGACUCCACUACUAAAGAAGGAGAGAGCAAAUCUACACUGUAA